AUGCCGAGAGGGAACCUAGAAAGCGGAUCUACCACUGAGGAGUCCGAGGUGUAUGAUGAAGGCGUCUGCUUUCUGUGCAAAAAAGCUUUGGAGGAUGCUCCAGAAAAUGUUAUGUGCGUGAUGUGUCACAGGUAUUGUCACCUAGGCUGUACUGACCUUAAGGGACAUCCACGCCUUGCAAGUCUCGCGUCCACUAGGGCGCUCGAAUUUAGAAUCAGUAAGGAUCCUGAGACUCGCCGAUCCAUGGAGAAUGUCACUGUAAGCCACGUGGGAAAGUUGGCUUUGUUCAAGUACCACUGCCCUGCUUGUCGUCGGAAGCUCUCUCGGGCUCGUCAGUACGAUGAGUCUCAAUGCAGAACCUUAUUCAACACACUGAUAGAGCUUAUAAACAGCUCUGAAACGCUCCAUCCUCCUGCUCUAGUGAGGAAGAAGCCGGAGGGCGCACGUAGAAGAGUUAAGUUAGAGCCAGGUGAUGCUUCACUGCAGGAACGCCCCCCGUUCACCAAGAAGGAUCAGCUGGAAUCAGUGCUUAAAUCAGACAAGGGUAAAGAGCAAAAAAUACGACCUGCAAUGGCACCUAGCAGAGAAUCACUGAAUGAGAAGCAUGCACCUUCCCGAAACCUCAACCAUGCUAUCACCUCUGACACUAGCAGUGCCAUUUCAGAGCCGAGCGUGUCUUCUUCUGAUGAAUUUCGACCCUCACAGAUAUCCUCGGAUACAGAAACUGGCAGGAGUAGUCUUCCGAGCCUCGACACUGAUCAAAGCCAGCAGAAGAGCAGCCAAAAGAGUCAGUUGACAGACGUGCAGACUCCGCCGCCCCAAAGAAAACCCCGUAAGGUGACUCAGCGGCUAACUAAGAAGUCUAAUACUAGCGGAGUUGGCGUCCGGAGGCCAGCAAUUAAACGUUUGGUGAACACUGAGAAUAAGAAGUAUGAAUUUGUAGACGAAGCAACUCAGAAGUUAAUCGACUUUAGAAAAUCCCAACUCAAUGAUGUAGAGUAUCUUGCUAAGCAUUACUUUAAGCAAGACUUCCGCGGAUUUAAGAUGUCUCGCAUUUAUAAAGUUGCAGGAAAUCUUUAUAAAAAGAUCUAUUUUAAAACCCUUAGAGACAACUAUCAUUUGCAAAUAGCAACCUUAACAACGAAGAUCAAGGCUCUCGAAUCAGAAUUUGCCGAUCUCUUUUCAAAGACGCCCACAUAUGUAAGAUGUGAUUUUGAAAAUCUGUACACUAGAAUUGUUAAAAAUAGGUGCCAUUCUACAAAGUAUAGUUUCGACACUGACACUUUCCCCCAGGUGCUUGAGGACAGCGAAGAGGCGCAUGAUAAUAACGCUUUCAUAUCUUUGCAUAUCAACUAUGCAAAUCUGCUCGGAAAAUAUCUUCUUCUUAAAAGAUUUUUUAUUACGAAUAAUACUCAUGAUACUGCUCAUUUACAGACUAUUGAUUUCACAAGAUUGCUUUAUCCCAAAAACCACGCAUACACUAUGUUAUUGGCUAGGUAUGCAUCCAUUCAAUUUAUUCCUAUUGAAGCCCAACUCCUUAAUAACUUUCAUGACUACUUCAAUGAUACAACCACUGAAGACAUUCUAUUGAGCAUCGAAACUAAGAACAGAGCAGCUCGACUGCCUGUAGACUUUGAUAACUGUUCAGACAUGUCCCGCUUUAUACGCGCGGAUUUUUUGUGUGACAAUAUUGUGACCCCCAAGCAGAUUGCUGAUGAUCAGUUUUUUAUUUUUGCACUCCGCUCUGUGAGUUUAUUUGAUGUUUCUCUAUUUCUUCGGCACCCGUCUACGUUUUUGGAUAACCGUCCCAAGUACGACUAUCUCACAACUUCACUUACUCAACUGAUUGCAUAUAGAAGCUCUGAAUUUUCAGAUAUGCUUACCGUGAGCAUAACAAGUCCUAUCACCCUAUCCCCCUAUGACUUUCCCGAAGCGUCACAGCAAGUGUCUCACGUACUGAGUAAGCUUGAAUUGGUGCCCGUUCCUACCAACACCAUAUCGGCAACUAACAACCCGUUGCGGAUGAUGACCCAUCCUAUAUUUGAUAGCGUAUUUAAGGCUUGUCUGUCCAAGGAGUUCAUCCAGCAAAUGGUGAAGCACGAUGGACACUAUUAUAGGGUCAAGAAUUGGACGUCUGAUUUUGUGCAGCUGGAUGUAAGUCUCGCCUCUAUUAAUCCUCUUGAAAGCGCACACCUUACAAGUGUAUGCAGUGCCGCUCCACCCUCUCUGGAUGCUAUUUCUGAGCAGCUGACCAUAUAUUCUCGCGCAGGAGGCUUCUUAUUUGGAAGGUUUUAUGAGUACAUCGAAGAACUAUGUUACAUGAUGUCUUGCAACUUUAAAGAAGAACUACUGCCAGACUUGCCAGAAGACUAUGAUGACCCGCGAUUGGUAUUCGACCCUGCAUUUUAUCGAUACGAGCGCUUGAUUAUGUUGCACAUUUUAUCCAUUAUCCAACCGGUUGACCUCUUUGAAAUUAUUUGCGAAAAAGAUCCUCCUACUUAUUUGGAACGUAAUAAGAUACUGACCAAUUUUAUUGCACAUGCUGAGCUUUUUAAGAGUUGCUAUCAAGUGCCGUCUUACUCUACUCGAGGCAACCUUACAUUAGAGUCUUCUGAAAAUAGUUGUGUGACUAGUAGCAACGAGGUCCUUACAGAAGAUGAUUGUCCAGUCGCGAUUUCCAAGCCAAAGCGAGCUCCUGCUCAACUGAAGCGCCGUGUUCGUCCGUAA